AUGAAGUCAACGCCCCUUUUCCAUUACACCCAACCGGACAGCGUAGAAACAGAAAUUCGUCAGCAAGUGAGACGCUUGCAUCAUCAUCCAGCCAUUAUUAUUUGGGCAACAAACAAUGAGGUUGAAGUCGCAGCUGCUCAGAGCUGGUAUGGACCAGGGACAGACAAAGUGGAAUAUCGAAGACGUUUCAAGGACUCAGUUGCAAAAAUAGCGCGGGAAAAUGAGAUGCCAUCAAACCGGAGUAUCGGAUAUAUUCCGCGAAGAGUGCUUUUGUCAUCUCCAGGUAAUGGGGAUGCUUCAACGGACCCUUAUGGCAUCGAUCCAAAUCCACAGGAUCCACUCGCCGGUGAUGUUCACUUCUACACCUAUAUUGGCGAUCUCUGGGAUGAAUGUACUUACCCAGUGACAAGAUUCACUUCGGAGUAUGGAAUAAUGUCGCUUCCAGGGCCUCUAGCAUGGCUGCGAUCAUUGGAUGGAAAGAAAUCACACUCAGAUGAUUGGGAUAUUCGCGGAGCAAUGAUGUCACAUCGACUUCACAAGGAACAGGGAAUCGGCAUUCUAAGGAAGUACGUUCUUGAAAAAUUCGGUGAACCGAGGGAAGGAGUUUUACCUGUGGAGAAGUAUACAAUGUAA